CUGAGGAGAAGGAUAAAGCACUUGGCUACCAAGAUGGUAAUCACUAGCGGAAAUGAAGAAGAAAAAGGGAACCAAGAAAAGGAGAGCAAGGAGGAAUCUGUCUUGGCCAUGCUGGGGAUCAUUGGGACUAUUCUAAACCUCGUUGUGAUCAUUUUUGUGUACAUCUACACGACGUUGUGAACCGCCAAGGCAAACCGGUGAAGACAGCUGACAAGAGGUGAUGGCAAACGUUGCCGGCUGUUGACACACGGCUUAAUGAGAAUUGACUCUGUAGUAUAUUAAGACGUCACAAAAGCACUGCCUGUGGGCGGUGGAGGUUGAAGCACAAUUAAUUGAACCGGACUUUUUUUCACACAGU